CUGAUAUAAGAUAUCAUGGUAUGAGAUGGUUUUCUUUAAUGCAGUGAAUGCAAUGUAACCGUCGUGCAAGAGAUUGUUUAGUAUUCUGUAACCUCAAUGAUGAACGCUUGGAAUGAUCAUGACAUAAAUGAGACGCUUUCAUAACAAUAGUCCGUUCUGAGCCCAACACAGAGGUGAAUGUAAUGUAACCGUUGUGCAAGAGAUUGGGUAACACCAAGCUGAAAACAAUCGAAAUGAAUCGUGAUACUUCCGCUAUUUCCGCAAGGGAUGCAAUGAAUAAAUAUGGAAUUAAUCGUCCGCUGAUCCAGAGUGACUCGGACUGGCUCUGAAUAAGUAGCGUGUAACCAGGUGCGAAUGUAAUAACAUAAUUGUAAUACGCACUUGUAAAUACGCAUAAAAGGACUAAAUUUCUACAUUUGAUGGAUGUACUGCUUCAUCUUCAAUUAAUUAAUAAAUAGCUUUAAAUUCAUGCUUUUAUUAUAGUUUGUGUCAGCCAAGAUAAUGAAGCUGUAUCUAUUGACGUUGACAAAUAACAAAGUGGAUACUUAUCGGACACUGAUUGUUUCGGAUGCAUAUUUUAUUGCCACAAUUUUUAUAGCUACAAUUUGUUCAAAGACAGAGGUUAAAGAAAAAAAAUAUUUCAAUAGCCAUACAUUAUUUUCGAACUAUUUUCAAAUACGUUGUUAACUUACUAAAUGGUAUUUAGAUCGCAACUUAGAGGAUAAUAAAUAAGUCAAAUAAAUGAGACUUGUGAAAUUAGUGCAUCGUAAGUCAUCGCACGAUGUUGUCGCAGAUAAAGCAGUAUUUACAGUGAAAGGGCAAACUAACCAAUGUGGAUCAACACUGAAAACAGCUAUUAAAUGGCCUUGUGUUAAACAUAUUGAGACACGAAAUUCUUGUUUGAUUGGAAAUCAAAUAAAUUUAAUUAGUGUCGUGUGUGGACCAAUUAAAGGUUUGCAAGUAAUGGGGGACAGUAAAGACAAAAGCAACACAGAUUAUACAAAGGUGGAGACAGACACAAAUACAUUUCAAAGUGUCUUUAGUAGUGAAAGUGGUAGGUUGAACAUAAUGGAUACACAAACACUGCAGACUCAUAAAGGUCAGAAAAUAAAAUCAAAAGAAGGAAUGGAUGAUAAAAAAGAGUCUGCCAGUAUACCAAAUAAUGAUGUUAUUAUGAAAUUAGUGGUCAAUGUUCCACCUAAAAAGAAAACUAACGUUUUGCCAAAGGCAUUAUUGCAAGGUGUCACAGAACUUGUUCGACAUCAAAACUGGGAUUCGGAUCAAGCAUCCAGUUUAUUGUAUGAUGACUCUUCCAUACUCUGUGCAUAUUCAUUCGACAAGCACAGUGGUGGCAUUAAAGAAACCUUAAAUCAUAACAUUUCUUUCAGUGAUUCGAUGAAUAGAGCAAUAGGCAAACCUUUGCCAUCGGCAGAAAAUUUAGCAAUAAAAGAAGUAGUCUCCACUAUUGUAAAAUGCAAAGAAGACACAGUAGAUGCUGAGAAGGAAUCAAUUUAUGAAAUGAAAAGCCUGAUGAAAAUUGAAGUAGAUAAAGGUGUCCAAAAGAAAGCAAACGAAGAAUAUGAGUAUGAUUUGUCAAUAAUGUUUUCAGGAAAACUAGAAAAGCGGCGACUGAAACAUUUAAGACAAGCACUAAAACAGGCAAAUAAAAAAAUGAAAAGAGACAAGCCUAGCAAACAAGCUGAUGAUGGCUAUUAUGCGUCUGAAGAACAAGAUGAGAAGCAGAAGCAAACACGACCUAAUUAUUUUGUGGCUAUCCCGAUAACCAAUUAUUCAGUACGUACAGCAUUGAAGGAAAUCCAAGAGCACAUGGUUAAAGAAGAGCCGAAGUUACAACAGGCAAUAGUCCGCGUGUCAACACUGCAUCUGACCGUCAUGGUAUUAGGUCUUCAUACUGUCGAUGAAAUAAGCAGGACUAAAGAAGCGUUAGACAAAGUAAGCCAUAGGCUCAACGCACACCAAGAAAUGUCCGAUCUGUCUGUAGACAUCGCUGGCAUUGGGCACUUUCGCAACGAGGUUGUUUUCGCGAAGAUUGCCAGUGAAAUCCAGGUGGAGAGGCUGCACACUAUUGCAGAGAUUGUCGAGGGGUGCAUGCUGGAAAAGGAGCUUGUCUCCGCGGACAGCAAGGGUUUCAAACCACACGCAACGAUAGCCAAGCUGUCAAAAGUUAAAGGCUCAAAGAAGAACGGACAGAAACUUAAGAAAAUAAACGAGUCCUUGUAUAAGCAGUGGAACGAUACAUGUUUUGGUACUCAAAAUGUGUCAGUGCUGCAGCUGUGCUCCAUGAAUAAACCAAAGGACGAAUCAGGAUAUUACCACGUGGAGUACAGUGUUCAGAUAGGUUCGUCAACGUCAUGUGACAAUUCAGUACCGCAAAAGAUCUCCGAUUCUGAAGUAGUCCUUUUGGAACAGGAACAACAACAUGCAGGCUUUAUAAAUCAUCCUAUUGAGAAUACAGAACCAACCAUCAACAUUGGCACAUACGGAGUUUCAAUCGAAACUGACGAAGUUUCACCUGUUUCCAGCUCGACAAAAGCCUGCCAGGAAAUUGUUGUAACCGAGGAAUCGGGAGCUGAUAUGAGAACAUCGGCUGAAAGUAAGAACCAAAAUGGCGAUCCGUCAUACACCAGGCAUGACUCCCAUACACAUGGCAACGAGCCCAACACUUCUAGAAUACAAGGCGGUUUGGUUUCCGAAUCAACCAACGAAGGUCGAUAGGUUAUUAAAUAAUUGGGAAUGACUUGCGGUUUGCAUCACCAUACUGGGCAGGUGCGGUUUACACCGGGUACUUCGGUUUUACUGCACACUAAAAGACCAAAAUCGUAAUACGAAAUACGUUGACAUUGAAGCAAUUGUUUAUAAUUUGACUACAAACGUAAAUUAGGCAGCGAUCACGUUUUGUCUUCCGGAAAUGCAACGGGACCUAUUACACUCCUAAUUUAUACUAGAAUACACCGAUAUACAAUGAAAAAUAGAAGUUUGUUAUUUACGUGUGUGUUUUUGUAUGAUGUCCUACUGAGGAAACAUCAUGUUCCGGAGUGUGUCCCAGCGGUUUUACUUAACAAGCUUACAUGACUCACGAAAUUUGCGAAGAAGUGUUAAGAACAGCUGCAAUUUUCAGCUGUUUAUUUUUUACUGAACUACAUUCGAUUUUUAUUUGUCAUGUGCUGUGGGGUUUGGGGGGAUUGGCCGGAGUUCGCGUAGGAAACCCCACCUGUCCGAUAUGGAGACUACCAACACGCUCGGUUGCACAGGGAGUAGGGAUUGAACCCGGCUCGCCGAGGUGAGAAGCGCGUGUUUACCUUACAGCAUUAACCGGAUAGCCUGUAUGGCCUUAAAAUCUUUCUCAUUUAUAUGCAUACACACCAUGAACAGUUAGCAAUUUAAGUACGGGAAAUUAACCGUGAAGCGAUUGGGAGUACAUUUACGAUGAUUCGGCGACGUGCAUACGCGGAGGUAAAAAACAUACAUAUUGUUCAGGAACAUGAGUACUUAUAUGUGUAGGUCGCUAACUUUAUAUUCUAAAUACAUUAAAGCAAGAAGCCGAACAUACAGCAUGUGUUGUGUUAAAAAUUAUAUAGACAUAUUACUUUGAUGCACUUUGAUCCAUUUAAUAUUUUAAUGUUAUUAAAUGAGUGCAUGAGUUUU